AUUUUGAAAACUCUAAACCGGAAAUGUGUGCUACGCAAACUCUGACGUGACGUCGAGCUUGAGCUAAUGUUACACUUUAAUAAGUCGACGUUUCUUUCUUGUAAAAACAUACGUACCACUGUUUUAGCGUUGAUCGGAUGUUUUGUAGUUUAUGCCGUUUGGAAUUUAAAGGGCAGCAUGUCUGACCAGACGCUGGACUAUUUCUUGGGUCAGAGUCAGAUAAAGAAGAGGGACGCUGCUGAAGUUAGAUGGCGACACGCGGUCAACAGCAGGAGCAGCUUGACGGAGGCUGUAGCAGGUCCCACUCAUAUGCUUGAGGCGGACAUAGUUAUGAGAGGUGAUGAGCCGAUCAUGGCACACCCCCCAGACACAGACAGUGACAUCACAUUAAGAGAGUGGCUGGAAGGAGUGAAAGUACACAGCAAAGGAAUAAAACUAGACUUCAAGAGCCAGGAGGUGGUGUCUCCAUCAGUAGCUCUGCUGGAGGAGGUGCUGGCUGAUUCCAAACGUCCUGUUUGGGUAAAUGCAGACAUCCUUCCUGGUCCUGGAGGACAGGCCAGACCUCUGGAGCCUGAGGCCUUUCUUUCUGCUGUUACCAAUCUUCCAACUGACACUGUGCUCUCUCUUGGGUGGACUACUGGAUGGACCGCUGACGCUGGUAGCCCAGGUUAUAGCUGGGACAACGUACAACAGAUGGAGGAGAUAUGUAGGACACUCAAACAUCCAGUUACCUUCCCAGUGCGUGCAGCAUUCCUGGCUCAGUCGUUGUCCCAGCUCACGUGGCUGCUGCAACAGUCACACAGGAUGCAAGAGGAUGCGUGUCCUCCAGUCUGUCUUAGUCACCCUGCAGAGUGGGGAAUCGGUUCAUCUGGGGCAACUGUAAAGUACACUCUGACAGUGUGGACUGGCCAGAGUGACCGAGUUCUCCUGCAGGACCUGCUACCCUACAGGAAGAUGUUUGACAUCAGCAGGAUCUACUAUGACUUGCCAGACUCUCAAAGGACGGAGCUCAGUAUGAUAUAGUCUCAACAAAGACAUGCUGAGAAUGUCUGUGUCCACUGAUGCCCCCAAGGGGAGAGGAGGAGGCAAAGCACAUCUCCGGUUUAUCUGGAAGAAUACACUCUGUAUACUACCCCCACUGGCUACAGGGAACACUUCGCUUUAUUUCACCCCGGUUCUGUUCUUAUAUUGCUAUUUUAAAAUGAAUACUUAAGUUUCAUACUUUUGUUUUUUUGUACCUGUCAAAACAACAUCUAAAAAAUAAAAAUAAUACCUUGAUGAUUAA